UGCGAUUGGUGAGCGCUUUGAGGGUCGUUGGAAGGGAAGAUAUAAAAUGCUGGCGCUGGGUGCGCCGCUCCUCUUACUCGACUACCUACCCGCCAACGACGCUUCGACCACAUCGUGUCUCCGCAGGGCGGAGAGAAUAAUUUUCGUUCUUCAGAGUGAACGAUUGUGCCGACUUUCAACACCCGUCACACACUUUUGUCGUGUUGAUACGAUGUAGGUUUUAAAAGUUUGUGGAAGUGAUUAGGCGGAUCUGAAUUUCGAGCAUGAUUAUCCAGAAUUAGAAAGAAAUCGACUGACCAAACCAGACGUGUGCUUCGGGGUUACAAUGCCAGAAGUGUGAGAAAACAGAUAUAAGUGGAGAUAUAUUAUCUAAAGUGCUACGAGAAUGUCGAAUAUAAACGAAAUUCAACCGUUGAGAAGAGUAUGGUUGAUCGAACUUGUUUUCCUGAUUUUUCUUCUCCUCUUGACAAGUUCAACGAAUGGGCAAGACUACAGCUGUAAUGUGGAGCUCACUGAAGGAUGCAUGACUAAAGUAACCUGCACCAUCCCAGAGGAGUAUGCUAGGGAGUGGAGACCCUUCACCAUUUCAUACCAAUCCAAGGAUGGAAAGACAGAAAACGCUGCUGUGCUGCACAAUGUGGGUUAUUAUGUCUGUGAAUCAGCUGGGGACCACACCUGCGACCAGAAUCCCACAGCUGUCACCAUAAACUCCACAGGUCACUGUGUCAGUGGCAGAGAAUAUAAACUCACGGCUGAUGGAGAGAACGGCAUUUCUUGUUCCAUGAUAACAAAUGCAGAAUCGAACGAAUCGACUGAUACUGGAUGCUCAGAUGGUACAUCAGAUGAUGCCUUGGGUACAUCAAGUACGUCUGACGAAGGCGAUGUGACCAACAAACAUGUUCAGAAAAAAGCAGCCAAUCAGAAAUGUCCACCUAAAUUGAAUAUAGACAAAGAAGAGAUAUCCAGAGGUCAGGAAUCUAGUGAUAACAUAGCCAUUGGCGUUGGCUGUGGGGUGGCUGCUUUGGCCGUUAUCAUGAUAAUUGGUGUCUUUUGCUUCAUUACGAGACGGACAAGGAAAUUAGAUCGUCUGACAUGCCAGUCGUCUGCAAAGCAUGACUGUAAACACAGCUUUGCAUCUUUAUUUCUCACAUGUUACUUUUCAAGAAAUGCUGAGCCUCCUGAUCCAGAAGAUGUAGAAGCCUCGAAACGGUUAGCUCCUCCAGAAAAGCCCUCGGGAAACAUGCCGGUCCCAAGCCCAGAUGAAGGGGAGGGCUGAUGUCUGUUUAACUUCUGGUUUACCUGGUUAAUUAACCUCGGCUUUACCUGGCGGAGACGCUUCGGUAAAUGUCGAUUUGGAUAGAGCCUCGCCUCUAUCACCUCCCAUCUCUCCCUCCCACAACUGAAUUGAGAACUGUGGGGCUUGAAUUUUAUUUUUCAUGAAUAUUUGUUUUGUUACUGACUGUAACAACAUUUUAAGAUAAAGUAUCUAAAGCCUGCAAUGUAUACGACUGUCUUUGCAAAACAUUUUAUUAUUCAGUAGAGUUUACAUUUUUGUUGUAUGUAUGAAUAACCAUGUAUUUCUAUUGAAAAGAACUUAAAAGUAAAGAAAGUAUUUCACUUAAAAUAAUAGACCAGUACGUGGAUGAUUUUCUGUUUACUUAAUUAAAAAUGAAACCUACAGAAGGGAAAAUGCAUUACGUGUUAAUCAGGUAAACUUUUUUGUAAUAUAAUUAUUUAACUAUUUUAAUGUGUGAGUUUAUUACUUUAUUUAAUGAAUAAACAAUGUCCAGUUAGCUGUGGUUUAAGUGUGAUGAAUGGUGUAAUUUUAUUGUCAGAUUAUGCUGCGAGCGUUUAAAUCAGAAAAAUAAAGUGUGGCCGUCUAUAA